AUGGUGGAUAGGGCUAAAGAGGUAGGUCUAUUUGAAGGCGUACAGGUUGGCAGAGAUAAGGUUAGUGUGACACAUUUGCAAUUUGCAGAUGACACUAUUUUCUUCUCUGAGGGGGACGAGAGCCAAAUGGUUAAUCUCUAUUCGGUGGUAAGGCUUUUCGGGGUACUGUCUGGUCUUAGGGUAAAUUUAGAAAAGAGUAGGGUAGCGGGUAUUAAUGUGGAUUCAAGUUUGAUUCAGAGAGUGGCUGAGUUACUUGGGUGUGGUAUAAAGACAUUUCCGAUGAAGUAUUUGGGGCUCCUGCUUGGAGGUAAUCGAAGGGGUGAGGUGUUUUGGAAUCCGGUCGUGGAAAAGAUAGGGAAGAGGUUAGAAAGGUGGAGUAGGGUUUACUAUCUCGGGGAGGUUAAUGGUAGGGACUCUCAGGUGGUCACGAGAGGAACCAGGCGUGCUCCUUGGAAGUCCAUUUUUCAGAUUUAUCCCGUUUGGUCCCAAUUCAUUUCUGUGAGGGUUGGUAAUGGGGAAAAGGUCAAAUUCUGGGAGGAUGUUUGGGCGGGUUCCUCGUCCUUAGCGGAAUUCUAUCCACUCUUGUAUAGUGUUUCUCAGUCUCACUAUGUUUCUGUUGCGUCUGUAGCGGGUUCUUUAGUGGCACUUUUUUCUUGGAAUUUUAAUUUCUGCCGGAAUCUUCAUGAUAGGGAAGUUCCGGAAUUGGUAUCUCUUUUGUCAAGGCUUGAAAAUGUUUUUUUUGUCUCCAAUAUUGGAGGAUAG